GGAAGGAAGGAGGAAAGAAGUGGGAGUGCAGAUGCUGAUAUGAGGGUGGGCAGUCCCUAGGAAAAAGAAAGUAGACAUGGUGUGGAGAGUACAGGUGGUUGGAGUAUUCAAGGAAAGGAAAGAAGGAAUCGAGGUUAGAUACAGAAACAUUUUGAAAAGCAGAAGAGGAGAGAUCAGUGUUUGAUGCUUUAAAUUUUCCCAGUGAAGUAGGGUCUGAGAAACACAGAGCUUCAAGAGAUCUUAGAAACAAUUUAGUUCAACCAUACAUAUAUACAUAUAUAUGUGUGUGAGUGUGUAUAUAUAUGUGUGUGUGUGUGUGUGUAUUUUUAAAUAAUAAACUUGCCCUAGACUGUGUUUGUUAUUGCCCGAAAUGACCUUAAAUGGGUAGCAGAGCUGGAACUAGAGCUCAUCUCUGACUGGGACACCUUUGGAAUGUCAUUUUAGAGAGUGUGAUGUAAGAUGACCAAGAGGCAACUGGCAGAAUUAUCAAACUCAGUGAAGCUUCAGUUGAACUAAAAUAACACAAAUUUGUUAUGUAUUGAAUUAGCAUGGUUCUUAACUCAGUAGCAGUAGUAGUCAUAAUAGUUGAUGCUUGUAGAGUGAUUUAGAGAAAACAGUAAUUUCACAUCUUUCUUUUUUUGUUCCUCAGCUAUAUGGGUUAGGAAUAUUUCCCAUUUAAUAACUGAGAAUAAGAAAGGCACUGGGAGUGAUUGUGGUCGGGAAUGCCAGGACAAGGAUGCCAGAGAGGAGUGAGUGAGCCAGGGGGGCCAGGAUUGAACAGAGUUAGGGUAGGCAAAAGUGGACGGAAGCUCAAAGAGGGCUGUUGAAGCCCUGUAUGGAUUGAGAGAGAUUGAGCAAUUGAAGUGAAGCUAAGACCUAACUGACUGGACCGGAAGUGGGAGAGAAGGGGGUGCACAGGGAAUCCGUGGCCAGUACAGGGAGCACAGGUGGAAUAGUGCACUGGUCAGACGAGGAGCCCAUGUACUCAUAUGUGGGGAUGCUACUCUGAUACAGAUUUGGGUUUGCGAAGUUGAGGGUGAAACAGUCUGGAGGUCAAUUAACUUCUGUCCUUCCUCAUUUGAGAUGGGUGUAGUUUCUUUCAAAAAUAUUCUAAUAUUUAAAAAAUAAAUUUUUAAUUUUGGAACUUGUAUUUCCAUAAAUUCUUCACUUUGGUACACUUCACUGUGAGUUGUCUUGGUGUCACUUGAAGGUGUACUAAACAUUUUCUAUAUUUUUUCCAUCUAAAUAUAGGCCAUUAAUAAAAUAUGAAUAUGUAGAUCUAGAUGUCCAGAAUAAAAUGUAAGUUGGUAUUCCCCAAUUGUUCAUCAAUUGUUAGUCACUGUUAUCACCCAAAUAAGUUUCCAUGUUGUCAUUUGCAGCAUAUUCAUUUUAUUUAACAACAGUUUUUGAAUGCUGGCUCCCCAGAUAUCACCAACCCACCAGCUGAUAAGACAAAGUUGAGUUUAUUGCUUCCUGUGGUGAGGAAAAACACCACCUCAAUACUAAGCUUUGGCAGAGCUUGGAGGGGGAAAGGCAAGGUUGGAUUUUAUUGAGAAUUGGAAGUUUGGUUUAAGGCAGGUCUUUCAAUGCAGGGUCUUGAUCAGGACUGGGUAAGGAUCACAAUGUAACAGUUUGGGAUUGGUGGCAAUUGCCAGGCAAGGAUUUUGAGGCAAGGGAUCAAAGAGUUUUAGGAGGAAACUUGUUCGUUGGUGCUUCCUAUUAAAGGAUUGAUGUUUUUCAGAAGUUCUUGUGAUGAACAGUUAGCUCCAGAGCAAGCAUCUGGGAAUAGUAAAGCUAUGGUAAUGAAGAUGAUUGGAUUCUAAAGUCAUGUUCAUGGAGGCAGUAAGCUUUGUGGGGUGAAGGCAUGUAGUUUCUUUCUCACAUCUUUAAAAUACAUGGAAACAAUGAAGAGACUGAGAGAAAAUGCUGAAAUGAGUAGUAUAACCUACCAUUCUUUCAAGUAAGACCUGUUUAGCUUCAAGAUUUUUAAAAGGCCCCCUCCUUUUAGGCACAGAGCUCUGUGUCAUUUGAGGGUUUCCUUUUGCUUGUUUGCAAUUUUAAUGCUGUACUAGGUACAGCAUGGGAUCAGUGUAAACCUCAAGGGACCUAUAGUGGAGAAGCUGACGCUGAUUGACUCACUUUUUAUGGGACCAGGUGUAAAUGGGGUGGAAAUUGUGAUUGAUUUAGUACGUUAUCCUUUGUUUCAUUCUAAACUGCUGCUUACCUUCAUUAGUUUAGAGACUUUGGAGCCAUCAUCUUGAAUGGUCUGGAAUCCCAUGCCCUUGUUCUUCCUGCUUUCCAUUCUCCAGUAUUGAGAAGCACCUCAGUCCUCUUUCCUUGUCCGCUGGCUCCUGCGCACUCUUCAGGAGUCACCAUAGCUACAAGUGACAAACACUAAAGUGACCAUACUUACACUGUGCAGUUGGACAUGUGCAACACUGAUGAGUUCAUCACUGCAGUAAAGAUGAUGAACAAACCCUGUCACCACUAAAAGUCUGCUCCUGCCCUUCUGUAAUUCCCCUUCUACACCUUGAUAACCACUGAUCUGCUUUUUGGCACUAUAGAUGAGUAUGUAUUUUCUAGAAUGUUAUAUAAGUGGAAUUCUAAACAUACGUGUACGCAUAUACGCAUAUGCAUAUGUAUGUAUACAUAUACGUACUAUAUGUACAUUUUGUCUGGCUUCUUUUAUUUGUUUAUUUUUAAUUUAUUUUUUGGCUGCAUUGGGUCUUCAUUGCUGUGCGCAGGCUUUCUCUAGUUGCAGUGAGCAGGGGCUACUCUUCAUUGCAGUGCGGGGGCUUCUCAUUGCGGUGGCUUCUCUUGUUGCGGAGCACGAGCUCUAGGCGCAUGGGCUUCAGUAGUUGUGGCUUGUGGGCUCAGUAGUGUGACUCGUGAGCUCUAGAGCACAGGCUCAGUAGUUGUGGUGCACGGGCUUUGCUGCUCCGUGGCAUGUGGGAUCUUCCCGGACCAGGGCUCGAACCUGUGUCCCCCGCGUUGGCAGGCGGAUUCUUAACCACUGCCCCACCAGAUAUAGGAAAAAAACUUCCCCUCAAGUUGGUUAUGAUUUGCAACAAUUUGGUAAAUUACACCUCUGAAACAGAUAUUGAUGACAGAUACGGAGAUUUGGAUUCCAGAACAGAUUCUGAUAUUCCAGAAAUUCCACCAUCCUCAGAUAGAACCCCUGAGAUCCUCAAGAAAGCUCUAUCUGGUUUGUCUUCAAGGUGGAAAAACUGGUGGAUUCGUGGAAUCCUUACUCUAACUAUGAUUUCAUUGUUUUUCCUGAUCAUCUAUAUGGGAUCCUUUAUGCUGAUGCUUCUUGUUCUAGGCAUCCAAGUGAAAUGCUUCCAUGAAAUUAUCACUAUAGGUUACAGAGUCUAUCGUUCUUAUGACCUACCUUGGUUUAGAACACUAAGCUGGUACUUUCUACUGUGUGUAAACUACUUUUUCUAUGGAGAGACUGUAGCUGAUUAUUUUGCUACAUUUGUUCAAAGAGAAGAGCAACUUCAGUUCCUCAUUCGCUACCACAGAUUUAUAUCAUUUGCCCUCUAUCUGGCAGGUUUCUGCAUGUUUGUGCUGAGCUUGGUGAAGAAACAUUAUCGUCUGCAGUUUUAUAUGUUCGCAUGGACUCAUGUCACUUUACUGAUAACAGUUACUCAGUCACAUCUUGUCAUCCAAAAUCUGUUUGAAGGCAUGAUAUGGUUCCUUGUUCCAAUAUCAAGUGUUAUUUGCAAUGACAUAACUGCUUACCUUUUUGGAUUUUUUUUUGGAAGAACUCCAUUAAUUAAGUUGUCUCCUAAAAAGACUUGGGAAGGAUUCAUUGGCGGUUUCUUUUCCACAGUCAUCUUUGGAUUCAUUGCCGCUUACGUGUUAUCCAAAUACCAGUACUUUGUCUGCCCAGUGGAAUACCGAAGUGAUGUAAACUCCUUCGUUACAGAAUGUGAACCCUCAGAACUUUUCCAGCUUCAGAGUUAUUCACUUCCUCCCUUUUUGAAGGCAUUGUUGAGACGGGAAACAAUAAGCUUGUAUCCUUUCCAGAUACACAGCAUUGCUCUUUCCACAUUUGCAUCUUUGAUUGGCCCAUUCGGAGGAUUCUUUGCCAGCGGAUUCAAAAGAGCUUUCAAAAUCAAGGAUUUUGCAAACACCAUUCCUGGACAUGGAGGGAUAAUGGACAGAUUUGAUUGUCAGUAUUUGAUGGCAACUUUUGUGCAUGUGUACAUCACAAGUUUUAUAAGGGGUCCAAAUCCCAGCAAAGUGCUACAGCAGUUGUUGGUGCUUCAACCAGAACAGCAGUUAAAUAUAUACAAAACGCUGAAGACUCAUCUCAUUGAGAAGGGAAUCCUACAGCCCACCUUGAAGGUAUAACUGGAUCUGGAGAGGGAAGGACUGACAGUAAAGAAUUCUACAGGAAAGCACCGAUGACAUUUUGUAAUUGUACAGAAAAGUGUCGAAAAUGCAAUAGAUUGAAGUUUUACAGACAUGAAUGUUUCUUCUCUGAAAUUACUGUGAAUAUUUAACACUUACUUGAUCUAAGUUAUGAAAUAAGUAGCAAAUGCCAGGCAAAAUAUCCUGUACUUUUUCUAAGUGUAUUUUCUGAUGUUAACUUCCUUCCCAUUACUUGCUAGGUUUCAUCACUUAAAAGACUUGUGUUUUAAAGAGUCACAACACUAUGAGUAAAUUGAGGCUGUCUUGAGAUUGCACCUGGCAAAGUGCCCUUUGCACAAAUAUUUACUUUUGUAGUCGGAGUGGCUCUUCAUUUCAGCAAAAUGUUUUAUGUAAGGCACGAUAGGAAGUUAGUUCUCCUCUACUUCCUCCUCUUUCAGUCUGAAGUAUUUUCUGAAGGGCUGAGUUGGAUCCAAAAAAGAAAGACUGUCCACUUUUCAAAGAAGUAAGUAAUCAUUUGCCAGCGAAAAACAUUCCACUUUUAGGUGAGUUUGAAAUUCAAGAGAGAGGCUGAAAUUUCUACCAUUAUUGGUUUGCCAGAAAGAGCAGACAUCAGACUCUACUUUGAUCGAAUUGUCUGGAAAAACAUAACCUUCUCAAAAACUUUCAAGAGAAACACAGGAGAAUUCUGCUAUGAAGAACAUAUGUUCCCAUCCUCCACCCAUGAUCACAACAGACAGUAGCUCAGGAGGCAGCACUGGAUGAUGACACAUGCAUAGCCCACCUCUUGGUUGAGUUCUCCACUUUUGUUUCCCUGUGAACUGGUUUCCAUAAGUUCUGUAGCCACGAGCAUCAGUACAUAGGGUAGUGAGUAGGGGUGGUGAAUGAGGCAGAGAAGGGGGUGCUCAGCUGAGCCAGAGUGACCCGUCCCUGGAUGCGGCUCAGCACACCUGGGUCCUAGGCACCUACCUCUUGGUUCCCGUGAAGCCCACUGGACCCUCACCUGGGAAGAAGCGAGAUCUGCCUGGAAACCCAUUCCCAGACUAACUCCAUGGUAGCAGCUAAUUUUUAUCACAUUCUUCUUUCACAUCAUGUCAGAAAAUCUGAGGCCAUCAGCUGAUUUUUUUUUUUUCUUUCAACAAUGAAAAUCAAGCAGAAGUGAUUCCCACCAAGAACAAAAAGCACACGAAUGCCAAACCUUUCCUUUGGGGGACUGGACACUGUAACCAGAUGAGAAUAAAUUUCUUCUCAGUGGAUGUAAAUAAGCUAUUGUUGCUGUGUGCUCUCUACAGCUGUAUUUAUUCUAUUGUACAGUCAGCACUGAAACCUUCAAAAAUUGCCUAGUGCUCCUUGGCUAAAUGUUCAGAGGAAAAAUAGAUAUAUUUUAAAGAAUGUUUUGCUAUGAAAAGAGUAAAUAUUUUUGUUUAAAUCAGAAACAAAUUUUAAUUCUUUUAUAUUUCUGUUCUAUUACUCAAAAAAAAAAAUUGCAGAUAUGCCUGGGUUCCACAGAUGUCAUCUAUAACUAGCAGCCUCAUCAUGUGUACUACAGGAUUAUGGUGGAUAUAGUUAAAGUCAGUCCCAAGAGUCUCAUUUCUUGGCGUGGCAUGCACUCAGUCAAUUCAUCGCCACUGGAUGUGUGCAGUCAGCAUUAUUUCACACUAUUCCAUAAAAAUUUAGAAUUGGCAUUGGAGGUAUUAUUACAGAAGGAAGUGAUUAUUUUUAAAAUCAGGCUACCUUUAAGUUAAUUUUCAACAUUGCUCAUUUUUACUUGCUGCAUUAAAAGCUCCAAAUGUAGAUCAUAAAAGAAUUUACUUACCAAAAUUUAAAAAAUAAAAUUAAAAUUUUGUAAUAGGAACUUAUGUUGAAAACAUGGUGAAUUGCACCGUAAGAACUUGGAGAUAUGCAGUUCCCUCUGCAUUUUUCUUUAAAGUGAUGAGUGAGGCACUGCAAAACAGAAUUAUGAGCACAUUACUGAAUGCGUAUUAUAAAAUCAAUAUUAUGGUAAACAAAAUAUGAAGCUAGAAAUAUUUGGGGUCACAGUAAUAGCUAUCCUCAAAUACAUUUAGAGUUGGAUGUAUAUUAUUCUAUAUGUAAAAAAGUAAAUUCUUAAUUUUAACAACACUCUAAAGGUUGACGUUUUUAGUGUACUUUUAUAGCAUGUAUAUUAAAAUAGAAUAUAUUUUAUCAAGAAUAUACUUUAGGGCUUCCCUGGUGGCGCAGUGGUUGAGAGUCCGCCUGCCGAUGCAGGGGACACGGGUUCGUGCCCCGGUCCGGGAAGAUCCCACAUGCCGCGGAGCGGCUGGGCCCGUGAGCCAUGGCCGCUGAGCCUGCGCGUCUGGAGCCUGUGCUCCGCAACGGAAGAGGCCACAACAGUGAGAGGCCCGUGUACCGCAAAAAAAAAAAGAAAAAAAGGAAAUAAAAAAAUACUUUAGCUAAGAUUGCCAUAAAACCCUGACUUUGAUCAUUUUUAUAUUUGCACUCUGAAGAGGGUUUAUAUUCCAGUGUAGCAAUGUGAUGGCAGAAAAAUGAAAGACUAGGAACUUCCUUUACAGUAAUGGCUAAUUGUUCCAAAUUUGCUGUUUGGAGAGGUACUCUAAUGGUACUAACUGCUUAGUACAAAUGUUUCCUCAGUGCUUUUCCCCUUGUGGUGGGUAUACAUUUUACUGUCUGAGAAUAAAAAGACCACACCCACACACACGCACACACCACCGUUUUAUUCUCUUUUAUAGUAUCUCUUCAUUUGUAAUUUGGUUUGAACAAAGAUGGUACCACCUUGUUCAGGGGAAAAGAAAAAGUGGAAACAGUGUAUACUGUAUAUGGGUGGGAGAUAGCUUUUGAUAUGUGUUAAUCAGUUCGCUGAACCUUUUACUGAAACUGAGAUAGGAAAAUAAAAC